UUCCUGGUACAGGGUGGGUGGUUACGACUGUGUGCCUAUGGACACUGGGUAUUUAAGCCAUUUGGUGGACUGUUGUGCAGUUCCUCCUGGUUUCACAGAGAGAGCAUCAGGCAGCAUGACCUCGCAGCGAUGGAUGCUGGCAUUCUGCUUUUCACUGGCCUCAGUUUUAAGCCCGGGGGAAUCGGUCUCAACAACAGAAACUCAGAAAUACACUUGCAGGACAUUUGGCAGCGGGGUCGUCCAGCCUUUCAGCGGUUCAAGUUUCUACGUUCGCUCCAACUGCCCAUUCACCCUAACCCGUUUCACCCACAACCGGGUGGAAUGUGACAUCACCACACGGCGUGGUGACAACGGGCUGCUGGUCCAUGUUGAGAUCAUAAUCAACAAAGUCAGGACUGUUCUGCAGAAUGGGAGCAUCUUGGUGGAGAGCAAAAGUGUUUCCCUUCCAUACGACCACACCUACCAGCACAUCUUUCACUAUGGCAUCUACACUAAACUAAAGAGCUCUCUGCUCCCGCUGUCUGUCACCUGGCACAAUGUACCCGGAGGAAUAGACUCUUUGCGGGUGGAACUAGAGCAGAAGCUGAGCACCGACAUGACUGGACUGUGUGGAAAACACAACGUCCCAGGCAACAAGACGCAGUUGGUUAUGGAGAGCGUGCUUGCUGAUGACAAAUGUCAAACCCGAGAUCCUGAGUUUGUUGAGAAUCAAGUGUGCUCGAAUUUCGUUUCCAACAACCUGGAAUGUCUGCGAAAUAUGGCGAAUCAAUAUAAACAACUCUGUCAAGAGAACAUUUACGGCUAUGAAAUGAACACAAAUAUCGGCUGCGCUUUCUUCAACGAAGUUGUCCAACAGUGUGGAAAUAACAGCAGGAUCUGGAAUACAUGGAGAACUAUAACCAAUUGUGCUAAACCAAGUUGUCCAGGAGACCUGGAUUACGUGGAACAGGGUCCAGCCUUUGUUCCCAGCUGCUCAAACCCAAACCCUGGAUUCUCCAACCAAGAACUUACCAGCUCCUGUGUCUGCCCAAAGGGCAAGUUGCUUAAUGAUCACGCAGACGGCUUCCACUGUGUGAGCGUGUCCAGCUGCCCCUGUGUCUUUGCUGGUAGGAGAUACUCACCCGGAGACAUGCGCAGCUCUAAAUGUCAGUCAUGUUUGUGUGUCAGUGGGGAAUGGGAAUGCUCUGAAAACAACUGCCCCACCAGAUGUCUCAUUGAAGGGCAGUUUGUGACAACAUUUGAUGGCAAACAAUAUGCCCUCCCCCGUAAAUGUACAUAUGUGGCUUCACAGGGUCUCAACUGGACGAUAACGAUCAAGUUUUCUGAGGAGGCACCGUCUCUGAAAACAGUCACUCUUCAGCUUUAUCAGGAAAUAUAUAUGUUUUCACAUAACAUGGUUAAAUUUGGAGAGGAGGAGAUAACUGAACUUCAUCAGUCUGAGCACGCUCUGGUUUUCUGGCAGUCCUCCAUGUAUGUCCAGAUCCACACAUCCUUUGGUAUGAAGAUCCAAGUCCAGGUGUUUCCUGAAAUCCAGCUUUACAUCACCCCACCCAGAAACCACACAGAGGUGGUCUCAGGUCUUUGUGGAAACCACAACAGUGACACCACAGAUGACUUCACCACCAGCAGUGGGAUUAUUGAGAGCUCCGCUGAACAAUUUGCUCUGUCCUGGAGUGUGGGUGCUUGUGCGCCGAUCAUACCCCCCACCUGCAUCAGCACAGCCAAUGAAAUAUUUGCUGAUGAAAAGUGCUCUGUGUUGAACAACCAAACUGGAGUGUUUGCUCCAUGCCAUGGUUAUAUUCCAACUGAUCAGUACCUCACGGCUUGCCUCCUAAGAACAUGUAACUGUGGUAGCAGUCUGUCGCAGUGCCUGUGUGUUGCCCUGGGCACCUAUGCCAAAGCCUGUGCCAACAUGGGUGUUGUAAUUGGUGACUGGAGGACAGCCACCAACUGCAAUUUAAAAUGUCAGAAGAACCAAGAAUUCUCCUACAACAUGCAAGCCUGCAACCACACAUGCCGUUCCCUGUCUGGCCCUGACCCUCGCUGUGGGCUGGAAGACGCUCCUGUGGAGGGCUGUGGCUGUCCAGAGGGGACUCACCUGAACCAAGGACACAUCUGUUCCCCAAAGGCACAGUGCGUUUGUCACUACUACCGCGGUACAACACCCCCAGGCUCUGUUGUUAUCGAUGGUCGACAGUGUUUCUGUGAGAAUGGAGAACUGAAAUGUUCUCAGGAUUGUGGGUGCAAGAAUGGGAAGGUUUGUGUUCAUUGCUCCGAGAAUCCUGUUAAGCCAUUUCAGAAAACCUGUGACAGUCUCAGCAAACCAAUGGGUGCCGAAAUGGCCUGUGAGAGUGGCUGUUACUGCCCAAAUGACCAGUAUGAAGAUCACCGUGGAAACUGUGUUUCUCUGCACAACUGCACCUGUGUGUACAGUGGCAAAGUAUUCAACGCAGGACAGCAUGUCAAAACCAACUGUAAAACAUGUACCUGUGGUCAGGGUCAAUGGCACUGCAAAGACGAGCCGUGCCAUGGAAAGUGUCAAGUUUACGGAAACGGACACUACCAGACGUUUGACUCCAAAUGGUACCGCUUUGAUGGACAAUGUCAAUACACGCUUGUAGAGAAUGACUGUGGAAAUAGAAACGGCACCUUCUCUGUAAGAGUGGAGAGUGUCCCCUGCUGUGAUGAGGCCCUUACCUGCUCUCGCUCUAUCAUCCUUGACCUCAAGGGUGAGGUCACCCUGACACUGAGUGACAUGAAGGUAACCAGACGCCAUCAUAAAGGCUGGACUCUGCAGGACCAUUCCCUUUACUCCACACACACUGUGGGACUCUACAUCAUAAUCUCAGUGCCAAGCAGAGGGAUAACUCUCAUCUGGGACAAACACACUCGGAUCACCAUAGAGCUGCAUGAAGACUGGAGGAACAGAGUGUGUGGCCUCUGUGGGAAUUUUGACUUAAACGAGAUGAAUGACCUACAGAUAAGUGGCUCAGCAGUGGUAUCCAGUCCCCUGGCAUUUGGCAACAGCUGGAAAGCCGCCACACCCCCUUGCUCUGAUGUGACCACUGAGAUAUUUCCAUGUGAACGCAACUCUUACUGCUUAGCCUGGGCCCAGCGGCGCUGUAUGAUCAUUAAAGGAGACACAUUUAACGAUUGCCACUUAAAGGUGGAGCCAGAGCCCUACUACCAAGCCUGUGUUCAGGAGUCCUGCUCCUGUGAGUUUGAAGGGAAGUUCUUGGGCUUCUGCACAGCUGUGGCAGCCUACGCAGAGGCCUGCAGCGAGCAGGAUGUGUGUGUAAAAUGGAGGACACCUGAUUUGUGCCCGGUCUACUGUGACUUCUACAACGAGCAAGGCCAGUGUAGCUGGCACUAUGAAGCUUGUGGUGAGAUGCUAACCUGCGGCAAAGACAUCAUCAAACACAAGCUGGAAGGUUGCUACCCCAGAUGUUCAAAGGAAGUGCCUUACUAUGAUGAAAAUACUAGUCAAUGCACUAAAUUGAGCAACUGCACCUGUUAUUUUAAUGACACUGUCAUUCAGCCUGGGGCAGCGGUGAUGAUACAGUCUAUGAAGUGCCGCUGUGAAAAUGGAACAAUGAACUGUCCACCUCCAGCCUCCACUACACCUACCACCACUUCUACGUCUACCACUCCUACCACAACUGCUUUAACAACCACUGAAACAACCAUGUUUUCCACCACCUCUACACCAAUGACAACCAUUACCAAUGUCUCAACUACUAGUGAAAAAUGGUCAACUGGGCUUUCCACCUCUUCCGUGCCAGCAACAACAACUGCUCCAACUACAACCAUGUUUUCCACCAUCACUACACCAACAACUACAGCUGAAACAGGGUUGACAACGCCCCCAACCCCCUCUACACCAAUGACGGCCACUACCAAUGUCUCAACUACUACUGAAAAAUGGUCAACUCGGCUUUCCACCUCUUCUGUGCCAGCAACUACAACUGCUUCAACUACCACUGAAACCACUAUGUUUUCCACCAUCACUACACCAGCAACUACAGCUGAAACACUGUUGACAACGCCCCCCACUCCCUCUACACCAGUGACAAUGAUCACCAAUGUCUCAACUACUACUGAAAAAUGGUCAACUGGGCUGUCCACCUCUUCCGUGCCAGCAACAACAACUGCUCCAACUACCACUGAAACCACUAUGUUUUCUACCAUAACUACACCAACAACUACAGCUGAAACACGAUUGACAACGCCCCCAACCCCCUCUACACCAAUGACGGCCACUACCAAUGUCUCAACUACUAAUGAAAAAUGGUCAACUGGGCUUUCCACCUCUUCUGUGCCAGAAACAACAACUGCUUCAACUACCACUGAAACAACCAUGUUUUCCACCAUCAUUACACCAGAAACAGCUGAAACACAGUCGACAAAAACUACAACUGCUUCAACUACCACUGAAACAACCAUGUUUCCACAAACUUCCACUCCACCAGUGUGUAAGUGUACAGACCUGAAGAGGAAAAAAGAGUGGAAUUGUGGUGAGACGUGGACAGAGGACUGCUUUCAUAAAAACUGUACAGAUGGGAAGAUAGAGUUGACUUCGAUUGUUUGUCCAGAGUCUACAAUUCCAAACUGCCCCAGAGACAAGGUCACAAGAGUCUCAGAUGGAUGCUGUGAAACAUGGAAGUGUGACUGUCGCUGUGAGCUAUAUGGAGAUCCCCACUACAUCUCUUUCCAAGGUGUAACCUUUGAUUUCCUAAACGAUUGCACCUACAUCCUGGUGGAGGAGCAGUCCCCACGUCAUAAUCUGACCAUUGCUGUGGACAACUUCUACUGUGUGCAGGGCGUCCAAGGCUCCUGUGCUAAAGGCAUCAUCCUGAAAUAUCAGAACACCAUAGCUGCACUCAGUAUCCUUCCUGAUAUGUCAAAUAAAGUGCAGGCCACUCUGAACAACGUAACCAUUGAGCCCCCACAUGAGGAGCAUGGAUUGAGGUUUGAGACCACAGAGUACAUGAUAUCAAUCUACAUCCCAGAGGUCCGCUCUUAUGUCUCCCUCAGUCCCUGGUAUACUCUGGUGGUCAGUCUGGCUAUGGAGCACUUCCUCAACAACACCCAGGGACAAUGUGGUGUAUGUGGUGGUGGAUCAUGUAUCCGUAAAGGAGGAAAGAUCGAGAAAGAUAGCUGCUGUGAUAAGACGGCCUAUGACUGGGUGUCCGCUGACCCGCUGAAGCCAGCCUGUGCUUCUGCACCAAGGAACAGACCUUGUAAUGAAUCAAUUACCACACCCACUCCAACCCCCUGCCCUCCAAGCAAACUAUGCAAGCUGCUAGACCACCAAGUCUUUUCAAACUGCAGCAGGCAUGUGAAUCUGAUCUCUAAAAAGAAGAACUGUGAGUUUGAUUCAUGCAGAAAUGGUCCUUGCUCUUCACUAGAACAAGCUGCUGAUGAAUGUAAGAAGGCUGGUUUCUGUAUUGACUGGAGAGAACUGACCAAUGGACGCUGUAAUGUGACUUGUCCAGAAGGAUUGGUUUACAGAGAAUGUCAUAACAAGCUAGAUAACUUCUGCGAUGGAGGGAGACAAUAUCCAGGAGCCUCCCUUGAGAAUAACGAGGCAGGCUGUUUUUGUCCCAGCGGACACUUCAGGGCAGGAAAUCACUCUCAUAUCUGUGUGUCUGACUGUGCCUAUUGUAAAGGACCACUCGGUGAGCCCAUGCUACCUGGUGAGGUUUGGCAGUCCGGCUGUCACAUGUGUACAUGCAACAACCAGACUCGUACAGAGAAGUGUGUUCCAAAACUUCCUAAGCCAGCUCCCGUGUGUGGCCCCAAUGCUGUACUGGUAAACACCUCUUGCUGUGGUGAUGAGAUUUGUGUUGAGAAGACAUGCAGUUAUAAUGGACAUACAUAUAAGGUUGGAGACAGAUGGACGGACGCAGCCCAUACCUGCAUGUCAUAUAAUUGCAGCAAAGAGGGUAUUCAGACUGAGACUAGAGUCUGUCCCACAGUACAGUGUCAGGAGGAGGACAGAAUUUGGGAUGAUCAACACUGCUGCUUUACAUGCAACCAGAGGUGUGCUCCGAAGUUGACCAAUAUCACUGUUACCGUAGACAACUGUAUCAGCGUCAUGCAGAUACCUGUGUGUCAGGGCCAAUGUGUGUCUCAACCCAGUGUCGUGUUGUUACACGGGGAGCUGCAGGUGGAGCAGCAGUGCACAUGCUGUCAGGAGUUGAGCUCAGAGAAGAUACCAGUGACUCUGCAGUGCUUAGACCGCACGGUCAAACACUACACCUACAAGCAUAUCACAGGCUGUGAGUCCAGAGCCUGCAGCAUACUGAGCUGAAAAGUACUGAAAGCUCAGACUGGAGGUAUCCUUCAGAUUUCCAAAUCCAAAUCUACUGUUUUCGAAUUUAAUGGAUUAAUCGAAAAUCCCUCCAACUGAACAUAUUUCUCUUCUGUAUUUAAAGCAGUUACUGAAUCUGUUUUCUAUGAAAUAAACCAUAUAUGCAU